CGGGGAAGGGAACUCAUGGUAAACUUGGCCAGAGAUCUGCCGCGCUCGUGCUUUGCCAGGUCGUGCGUCCCCAGCGAGCUGCUCUUCGUGGGCUGUGUGCUCCCUGUGCCAGGGCGCGUGCUGCCGUGCCUGUGGAAGGGGCUGGGGUCACCGCUGCGCUGCCUGUGUCCGUGGGGGUGUCGUGCUGCUGGAGCUCUGCCCGGCGUCAGCGGGAGGCCGGAGCGUUGGCCACACGGCUGCCUGCCCUCUAAUCCUCCUCUUGUUCCUGCAGGCAGCGGGGAUGGACAGGGACAGAUCCUGCAGCGCUUCCCCGAGAAGGACUGGGAGGACAACCCCUUUCCUCAAGGCAUCGAGCUGUUCUGCCAGCCCAGUGGCUGGCAGCUCUUCACGGAGAGGAACCCCCCCACCUUCUUUGUGGCCGUGCUGACCGACAUCAACUCGGAGAGGCACUACUGCGCCUGCUUCACCUUCUGGGAGGCCGUGGAGAGCGCGCAGCCUCAGAGCCACCCCAGGAAUGGAGAGGAGGAGGAAGAGUCGUCGUCAUCUCCUGUUCAGCCGGCGCAGCUCUUUGCUCCCAAAAGCCUGGUGCUGGUGUCGCGGCUGGACCACGCGGAGGUCUUCAGGAACAGCCUGGGCCUGAUCUACACCAUCUACGUGGACGGACUGAGCGUGUCCCUGGAGAACGUCAUCGGGAACCUCCUGACGUGUACCAUCCCCAUCACCGGCGGAGCCCAGAGGACGAUCUCCCUGGGCGCGGGGGACAGGCAGGUGAUCCAGACGCCCAUCAAUGACUCGCUUCCCGUCAGCAGCUGCAGCGUGGCCCUGCUCUUCCGUCAGCUCGGGAUCACCAACGUGCUCUGUCUCUUCUGCGCGGCGCUUACGGAACACAAGAUCCUGUUCCUCUCCAGCAGCUACCAGAGGCUCACCGACGCCUGCCGGGCUCUCCUCGCGCUCAUGUUCCCCCUCAAGUACAGUUUCACGUACGUGCCCAUCCUGCCUGCGCAGCUCCUGGAAGUGCUGAGCACCCCGACGCCCUUCAUUAUCGGAGUCCACUCCAUCUUCCAGUCGGAGACCCAGGAGCUGCUGGAUGUUGUUAUCGCAGACCUGGACGGCGGGACGGUGAGCGUCCCCGAGUGCGUGCACAUCUCCCUGCUCCCUGAGCCGCUGCUCCAGCAGACCCGGGAAGCCCUCUCCAUGGUCUUGGACCCAGAGCUGGAGGUGGCAGAUCUCGCCUUCCCCCCUUCCACAGUUUCUGCCUCUUCUCUCAAAAUGCAGGACAAGGAGAUCCGGGCUGUCUUCCUUCGCUUGUUUGCACAGCUGCUGCAGGGCUAUCGCUGGUGUCUGCACAUCAUCCGCAUCCAUCCCGAGCCGGUCAUCCGCUUCCACAAGGCAGCCUUCCUCGGGCAGCGGGGGCUGACGGAGGACGACUUCCUCACCAAGGUGCUGGAGGGCAUGGCGUUCGCGGGCUUUGUGACCGAGCGGGGCGCCCCGUACCGCGCCAUCGACCUGUUCGAUGAGCUUGUUGCUUAUGAAGUGAAGCGCAUGCGUGCAGAAGAGGGGAACAAGCAGAAAAUACUGCGGCACAUCAAGGAGCUGGCAGAGAAACUUUACAAAAAUGAGAACCCGUACCCUGCAGUGACCAUGCACAAAGUGCAGAAGCCCACGGAAGGCUGCCACCUGCGCCUCCACCAGAAGCCUUUUCCCCGUCUGGAUGAGGGCACGGUGCAGUGGAUCAUUGACCAGGCCACGGCCAAGCUGCAGACAGCCCCUCCUGCUGUGAAGGCGGAGAAGAAGUGCAUGGUGCCGUCGGGCCCCCCCAUCGCUGCCAUCAUGGAGCGCAACGGCAACGCCCUGGCCAACAGCGCCCGGCGCCUGGAGGUGGUCAGGAACUGCAUCUCCUACGUCUUCGAGAACAAGAUGUUAGAAGCCAAAAAGCUGUUCCCUGCCGUGCUGCGAGCCAUGAAGGGCCGAGCAGCCCGGCACUGCCUGACCCAGGAGCUGAACCUGCACGUGCAGCAGAACCGGGCCGUGCUGGACCACCAGCAGUUUGACUUCGUGGUCCGCAUGAUGAACUGCUGCUUGCAGGACUGCACGGCCAUGGAUGAGCAUGGGAUUGCAGCUGCUCUCUUGCCACUGGUCACUGCUUUCUGCCGAAAACUGGGCCCAGGCAUCACGCAGUUUGCCUACAGCUGUGUGCAGGAGCACGUGGUGUGGACCAACAUCCAGUUCUGGGAGGCGAUGUUCUACUGCGAUGUGCAGAACCACAUCCGAGCCCUGUACCUGGACGGCAGCGAGGAGAACCACACAGAUGAGGAGAGCACGGAGGAGCCCCAGGAAGCCAAGUCUGCCCUCGAGAUAGCAUCAGAGCAGCUGAGACUCUGGCCCACCAUGAGCCGAGAGAAGCAGCAGGAGCUGAUCCAGAAGGAGGAGAGCACCGUUUUCAGCCAGGCCAUCCACUACGCCAACCGCAUGAGCUACCUGCUGCUGCCUCUUGACACCAGCAAGAACCGCCUGCUGCGCAGCUCCGGGCUGGGGGACGUGGAGAGUGUCAGCAACAGCCUCGUCACCAACAGCAUCGCAGGCAGCGUGGCUGAGAGCUAUGACACGGAGAGUGGAUUCGAGGACGCCGAGAGCUCCGAUGUGGCCAACUACGUGGUGCGAUUCAUCAACCGCUUUGUGGACAAAGUCUGCACGGAGAGCGGCGUCACCAACGAGCACCUCAAGGGGCUGCACGUCAUGAUCCCUGAUAUUGUGCAGAUGCACAUAGAGACGCUGGAUGCUGUGCACAGGGAGAGCAAGAGGCUUCCUCCCAUCCAGAAGCCAAAGCUGCUGCGCCCCAACCUGCUGGUGGGCGAGGAGUGCGUGAUGGAGGGCUUCCGCGUGUACCUCAUGCCCGACGAGCGGGAAGAGGCUGCGGGGGGCAGCAUCGGUGGCCCGCCCCUCCUGCCUGCCGAGGGAGCCAUCUUCCUCACCACGUACCGCAUCAUCUUCAAAGGCACUCCCACGGACCCGCUGGUGGGGGAGCAGGUGGUGAUCCGUUCCUUCCCCAUCGCCUCGCUGACCAAAGAGAAGAAGAUCAACAUCCACAGCCAGCAGGAUCAGUUCCUCACCGAGGGCCUGCAGCUGCGCUCCUGCACAUUCCAGUUGCUGAAGAUUGCCUUCGACGAUGAGGUGGCUACGGAGAGUGCCGAGGUCUUCAGGAAGCACCUGCACAAGCUGCGCUACCCCCAGCACGUCCAUGGCACCUUCGCCUUCACUGUGGGCCAGUCGCCCAAGCAAGCCAUGCAGCCCAAGGCCAAGGAGAAGAACCCCUCGCUCAGGACGCUCUCCAAAAACCUGGUGAAAAACGCCAAGAAGACCAUCGGCCGCCAGUACGUGACACGGAAGAAAUACACGCCGCCCGCCUGGGAGCAGCGGAGCAGCCAGCACUUCGCAGAGGACAACGAGGACGAGAUCUCAGUGUCUGAAGAGAUGGACAGAAGCACUUUGACCCCCACCACCACCAUCAGACCUUCGGAGAAGAUGACCAUCAACCACCUGGUGGAGCGAGCCUGCUGCCGCGACUACCAGCGGCUGGGGCUGGGCACGCUCAGCAGCAGCCUCACGCGCUCCAAGAACGAGCCCUUCCGCAUCUCCACGGUGAACCGCAUGUACGCCAUUUGCCGGAGCUACCCCGGGCUGCUCAUCGUGCCGCAGAGCAUCCAGGACAACACCAUCCAGCGCAUCUCCCGCUGCUACCGCCAGAACCGCUUCCCCGUGGUGUGCUGGCGCAACUCCCGCACCAAGGCCGUGCUGCUGCGCUCGGGAGGGCUGCACGGCAAGGGCGUCGUGGGCCUCUUCAAGUCCCAGAACGCCCCCACCACAGGCCCCUCGCAGACAGACUCCACCAGUUUGGAGCAGGAAAAGUACCUGCAGGCCGUGAUCAACUCCAUGCCUCACUAUGCUGAUGCCAGUGGGCGCAACACGCUCAGUGGCUUCACCUCGGCACACAUGAGCAGCUCAGGGCUCGGUCACAGAGCCAGGGUCAUCACCCUCUCCACCCCCAAGUGCGCGUCGGCGAAGGGCCGCGAGGCGCCCCGAGGCAAGUGGGGCAGCAUCCGCGCCAGCGGGCGCAUGAGCAGCUACGCCCUGAACGUGGAGAUCGGGUCCCGCCUGGCUGGGAAGGACCUGCUGAGCGCCCAGCACAACGGCACCCCCGCCGAGGCCAGCUUCCUGCGCCAGCACCGCGCCUCGCUCUACAUCAUCGGGGACAAGUCGCAGCUGAAGGGGGUGAAACCGGACCCGCUGCAGCACUGGGAGGUGGUGCCCAUCGAAGUGUUCGACGUGCGGCAGGUGAAAGCCAGCUUCAAGAAGCUGAUGAAGGCCUGUGUGCCCGGCUGCCCCUCCGGCGACCCCCCCGUCACCUAUCUGCGGUCCCUGGAGGAGUCCGAGUGGCUCUCCCAGAUCCAUAAGAUCCUGCAGAUUUCGGUGCUGGUGGUGGAGCUGCUGGACACGGGCUCCUCUGUGCUCGUCAGCCUGGAGGACGGCUGGGACAUCACCACACAGGUCGUUUCCUUGGUGCAGCUGCUCUCGGACCCCUACUACCGGACAAUGGAGGGCUUCCGCCUGCUCGUGGAGAAGGAGUGGCUGUCCUUCGGGCACCGCUUCAGCCACCGCGGGGCCCAGACCCUGGCUAGCCAGAGCAGCGGCUUCGCGCCCAUCUUCCUGCAGUUCCUGGACUGCGUGCAUCAGAUCCACCUGCAGUUCCCCAUGGAGUUUGAGUUCAGCCAGUACUACCUGAAGUUCCUCAGCUACCACUACAUCUCCAAUCGUUUCCGGACGUUCCUGCUGGACUCGGACUACGAGCGCAUCGAGCUGGGCCUCCUUUACGAGGAGAAGGGCGAGCGGAAAAGCCAGCAGGUCUACAAGUCAAUUUGGGAUUACAUCGACCGGCUGAACAAGAAAGCUCCCGUCUUCUUCAACUACAUGUACGCCCCCGAGGAUGGGGAGGUGCUACGGCCGUACAGCAACAUUUCCAACCUGAAGGUGUGGGACUACUACACGGAGGAGACGCUGUCCGAGGGCCCCUCCUAUGACUGGGAGCUGGUGCAGGGGCAGCCGGAGCACGUGGAGGAGGCAGACCGGCAGGACACCAGCGCCCCGCAGACAAAGCGCAAGAUCAUCUGGCCCUGCUACGACAACUGCAGCCGCGUGGAGCCCGACGCCAUCUCCAAGCUGCUGGAGGAGCUGCACAACCUGGAGAUGGAGCUGGGGCAGGUUCCAGAGCGCUGGAAGGACACGUGGGACAAGAUCAAAGCUUCCCAGCGCACCGAGGCCCGGCAGGAGGGCAGCCGGACCCCCAGCUCCCUGCUGAUGUCCUCCGGCCUCUCCCACCACCGCCGCUCGCUGGGCGUGUACCUGCAGGAGAGCGGCGUGGGCUCGACGCUCAACCUCAGCCUGGACAGCGACACCAGCAGCACCUCCACCCCGUCCAGCGGGAAGCAGGGCGGCCGGAAGAGCACCAGCACGCUCUACAGCCAGUUCCAGAUGUCGGAGAGCGAGAACAGGUCCUAUGAGGGGACCCUGUACAAGAAAGGAGCCUUCAUGAAACCCUGGAAGCCUCGCUGGUUUGUGCUGGAUAAAACCAAGCAUCAGCUGCGGUACUACGACAGCCGGAUGGACACGGAGUGCAAAGGCGUCAUUGACCUGGCCGACGUGGAGUCCAUCACCCCUGGCACCCCCACCAUGGGGGCCCCCAAGACGGUGGACGAGAAAGCCUUCUUCGAUCUGAAGACGACGAAACGAGUUUACAAUUUCUGCGCCCAGGACGUGCAGCUAGCCCAGCAGUGGAUCGACCGCAUCCAGAGCUGCUUGUCGGACGCGUGAGCCUGGCUCAGAGGAGCCUCUAUUCCAGGCACAGAGUCUCCCGCGCCCCAGCACGUGGAGCAGAGGCAGUGCCCAGGCUCGGCGCCGCGCCGGGGCUGUGACUGACUGGCGAGGAGAUGGACCCUUCCCGUCUGCCGCGGGGGUGCUGUACCGGAGUGCCCGCAGCCGCCCGUGCUCCCGCAGGUGGUGGUGGGGGCAGGAUCAGCGUGUUACACUAUGGUAGGACUGCGUAGUGGAGGAAUUCGUCGCAUUGAAGCAGGCUGGGGUGCAGGCAGGAGCCUGUCCUGCUCUGCUCCCCCGUCCUGUCUGAGCCCUGUAAUUACCCUGUGUCCUCUGUGCACCUCCGGGCCAGGCGGCCUCGCUCCAGCUCUGCUGCAGCAGGGGUGGUGUCAGCUGGCUGGAGAGGGUGCCCCCCGCCACUGCCCCGUGCUGCUAGCGAAAGCAGGAGCUGCCUGGCUCCCUCAUCCUCCCCACAGCUUGCAUGUCUGCCCGAGCAUCCACGGGGCAGGGCCUGCUCCCUCCUCACCCGGUGCCGCUGCCCCCGGUGCAGUCGCUGGCCCGAGCAUGGCCCAGGCUUAGCCCCUGCCUUGCUGGAGCCGGGGAUCUGCAGCUCAGGGUGCCUGUGGGUGCAGAGGGUGCUUGAGCUCUGGGACCAUCCUGCCCUGGCCCUCUGGCAGCAGCAGGCAGCGCUCCCCAGCCCUUGAGCUCUCACAGACUUGCACAGGAACAAAGGAGCACAGCUGCUGCCUGCCCGGGGCUGCUCACAGUGUUGUAGCUGUAGGCACCAGGUGCAUGUGUAGGAGGGGGCAUGGACGUGGCUGGUGCCUGUGACCAACGGGCUCCCUGCCCUGGCAGGGUGCAGCCUCUACCUCCUUGCUCAGGCUUGCUGGCGGGGGUGCGUUCCCCGUGGGAGGUGCCAAACGCUGCAGCCUCGGUGCCCUGGCGCAGGCUGGGGAGUGCCCCUCUGUCCCUGCAGGUCCCUUCCCAGGUGGGGACCACCCAGCCCCCAGCAUCCUGCUCGGCUGCAGCCCGGGGUCCCCACGGGCUGUGAUGCCAGGCGAUGACACCAGGGCCAGGAUGCGAUGGGUGCUGUCAGUGCCCCGCUCUGCUCUGGUCUCUGCUCUGGUCACCCCGUGCGUCCUGCGGGAGGGAGCGGGCAGCACCUCGGCGGGCACCGUGCAGGGCACUGCGCUGUGCUGCCAGCUUCUCCCCACCUCCAGGGCUCUUCCCCUCCCCAAGCCCCCGUGCUCAGGCUGGGCCCCUGCCGGCGCUGCCAGGCCGAGCCCACUGCUGUCGGGGUCUCGGCCCCGCAGGAGGGCAGGUUUGCCCCCCAGCGCUGCUGGGGGCUGCGCGUCCCCCCCCGCUGCCGCCUCCCUGCUUAUUGCUGUCACAGUGUCAGUGCAAAGGGGGAAUCUCGGUACAGAAUCAGAUCCUGCAGCACCUCAUCCCCUGCACUGCUGUUACUGCGGGUGGGUUUGGCCCCGCUCACCCCGAGGUCGCUGCCCGGGCAGGUGGAGGUCGCUCAGGACAUGCGGCUGUCCGUCCGUCCGCAGGAUGGGAACCGGCCCCCGCAGCCCUCCCAGCUCCGCAAAGCGACCGUGACCAGGGCCCGACCCUCCACGCCUCUCCUGCAAGCUCAGCCAGCUCUCCUCCCUGUCUUGUUUUUAAAGGGGUUCCUUGUUUUAUUUCAGUGCAGAGGUCUUUGUACAGUCUUAAUCCCCAGGUUCCCCUCUUUGUUUUAUUGUACAAUAAUGGCUGUGGCAGGUAGCUGGUGUAACAUGGAGGUUUUGUAACUUACCUGAGCAGUUGUAGAUUAUUGAAGUUUCUGUACAUUGUGUCAAACAUACAGAGUCCUUGUAUUGUAUUGUGCCUAGAGGAAAAAGGUUAUUAUAUAAAAGAGAAGACUAACGGAAUUUAAUAAAAAAAUUAAUAUGA